CGCGAGACCCGCGCAAGCUACGGUAAGGUUAUGAGCGUAGGCUGACAAGUGAGAGAGAAAGAGAAUUGAAAAUGGCGGACCUCGACGAUAGAGGAAGAAAGCCGAGGUCGCGCGGGACUGAGGAGGCGCGAGACGCGCUACGUUUCCCGAUUAUUUUAGGGGACCCGGGUGGACGGUAGCGAGCUACGACGAGAUCGCGAAAAUGUACGCCCUCGAGCCGAUAGUCGUGUUGCCAGAUCGGAUCGACCUGCCAACCGUUAUGUACGAGCUGCCUAACGUUCACGACGAGGGAGGGACAACGAUUGCGAGCAUCGGCGAUGACUUUUCGCGUCAGAAAGAUAUUCCAGAGUAUCACUGUUUGGAAGCUAAGCAGAUGAGAAUUUUAAAGCAACUCAAGGAGUUAAAGCAAUAUGUCGAAUACGUCUGUAUCGCCGUCAGGUUGUCCAAAACCAUUACAUUACCAUCCAUAAAUUUGCCCUUUUCCAAUGACAAUAAUCCUAUUCAAGCGGAUGUAAUAGUAAACGCCAGUCCGACAAGUCCACCAUAUUCGAUUUUGGCUCUUCAACGCAUUUGGACUGAUACUAUAUUCAACGUAGAUGUUCAUUUGCAUUCUACGGUUCUCGAUACCAUAAAGCCUACGUUCGAAGAGAAUUUGUUGACCAAUGCGAAUGGUGAAAUUGUACAUAAUAUAAAUUUGAAGCUCAUAUGGAAAGAUGUGCCCGAUGUUCAAUUUGUUACCAAAGUCUACAGUCAUCCACUGGAGGGUGAAGCAAACUUAUUGCGAUAUUUGGCUAGACUGAUUAAUUAUUACGACUAUCAAUAUACAAACUCGCUAACAGAUGCAGUCUCCAUCGAUACAAUAUUAGAUCUCUGUCUUCAACUUUCGUACAAAACAACCGCUAGUAUCGAUCCCAUUGUUACAAAGUUUGCCCAUUAUUUGAAUAAGAGCCAGUGGCUUUUAAAUCAACCUAAUCCUUCGCUGGCUGACGUAGCUGCGUGGUCUGCGUUAAAACGACAAGCACUGAACAAAAUACCACGUGAAAUUAAAAGAUGGUACGAUUUAUGUGAAAAAACAUUUUUGGCUUCGUAAAUUAUUUCAAUAUAAAAACUGUAUAAAGCUUUAAAAUAAAAGAAUCAAAUUUUU